CGGUGGGGAGGCGCGGGGCCGGCAGCUCGGCCCGCGCCCCGCGGAGGAGGGUCUCAAGCCCCCCCUCUGUGUUCCCCGCACUCGGCACCCACACUCUGGACCCUGGAAGAUCCUGGGGGCGGGGACAGGCCUGGGUUCACCUCCUCAUCCCCUCCAACGAACCCGCCUCCUGUCUCCAGUGCCGCAGAGCUCCAGACCCCGCCCGUUGGAAAGCCCUCUCCCACUUUCUGGAGACCCCAAGGCAGCCCGGGCCCCAGCCCCUCUCGGCUCCCUUGCUGCCGACCUCACUGAACCCCCCUCUCUGGCAGGGUCGCCGCUGCUGGGCUCCUUGUGGCUCCGCCCUUCCCUGCGACAAGGCUGGGUGACCUCACCCACUCCUCUCUGCUAAGGGGGUUGCAUGCAUCAGGUACUGGUGUGCUGAGUCCUUUUGUGAUGAACUCGCUUCGCCCUGACUGCAGCCUAGCAGAUGUGGAAACCAGUGUCCGGAGAGCCCGUCGCUGGGACCCGAGCAUGGUGCUCGCUGCUGCGGUUGGAGAAGUCCUGCUCUGCUUCGCUGCUUCCUGGAGCUGGACUGCUGCCUGCUCGGAGCGUCGUGUGUGUGGCUUGCAUGUAGAUUUAAUUCACACCCUUUACCGAUGACGUACGGGGAAGACAAGCGUGGUGACGUUAGGAAACCUAGGUCACACGUGUGGGAAAACUCGGUGCAGGUGAAACUCCUAGAAACAGCUCUCCAGCUGGACAGGCUCGUCACAGCUGUCCGGGCCGGUGACAGUGCCCCGCGUGUCCCGUCCCCGGCGUCAGAGGACAGCUCACACGUGGCCGGCACUCAGCAGGCACGCCAGGCGCGUUUGCGGUCUUUAUCCUUCCUUCCUCAGCCGGGGCUGUGAACAGAUGCAGGCAGCCCUCCAAGCAUGCGGCCCGACGCACAUCUGAAGGGUCUCAUGGCUGAGGCUUUACUGAGCGGCAAAAAAUGACGUUUUCCUAACAGCAGCGCCUCAAGGUCCUGGAAACCUGCUUCCAGAACUCCUUGGCGACUUUCGCUGUCCCCGACCGCCUCCCAGCCUGAGGCUAUCUAAUUAGUUAACCCUGACGACCCCGUGCAGCCUUUCCUGCCCACGGUCCGUCCUGGGCUUUAACAAAAUCACCUCCUCUGCACCAAAAACGUCUUCAAGAAUUCUUUCCUGGCCGUCAGCUCAGAACCCCCACCAUCAUCGCUCCCCAAGACUCAUCAUUGGGAGCAAAAGGACGGUGGGGGUCCGCAGGGGCUCACAGCGCUGUGAGGAGCAGGGGCGAGGCGCCACCGACCUGCUCAGUCACGCACGCACACCCCUGCGAGCCAAUCGCCGUCCCCACCGCCCAGCACCUUACUCCGGGGAAUUAAUCUUCGCCAGAGCCCACACCUCCCUCCCAGAGCCAUGGACGCCGCUCUGCUCCUGAACGUGGAAGGGGUCAAGAAAACCAUCCUGCAUGGAGGCUCAGGGGACCUCCCCAACUUCAUCACGGGGUCCCGGGUGAUCUUCCACUUCCGCACCACGAAGUGUGACGAUGAGCGGACCGUGAUCGACGACAGCAAGCGUGUGGGCCACCCCAUGCACAUCAUCGUUGGGAACAUGUUCAAGCUGGAGGUGUGGGAAGUGCUGCUGACGUCCAUGCGGGUCGGCGAGGUGGCCGAGUUCUGGUGCGACGCCAUCCACACAGGGGUCUACCCCAUCCUGUCCCGGAGCCUGCGGCAGGUGGCGGAGGGCAAGGACCCCACGGAGUGGCACGUGCACACAUGUGGGCUGGCCAACAUGUUCGCCUACCACACGCUGGGCUACGAGGACCUGGACGAGCUGCAGAAGGAGCCGCAGCCUCUGAUCUUCGUGAUAGAGCUGCUGCAGGUCGAGGCCCCGAGCGAGUACCAGAGGGAGACGUGGAACCUGAGUAACGAGGAGAGGCUGCGCGCGGUGCCCAUCCUCCACGGAGAAGGGAACCGGCUCUUCAAGCUGGGCCGAUUCGAGGAGGCCUCCGCCAAGUACCAGGAGGCCAUCGUCUGCCUGCGGAACGUGCAGACGAAGGAGAAGCCCUGGGAGGUGCAGUGGCUGAAGCUGGAGAAGCUGGUCAACACGCUGAUCCUGAACUACUGCCAGUGUCUGCUGAAGAAGGAGGAGUUCUACGAGGUGCUGGAGCACACCAGCGACAUCCUGCGCCAGCACCCAGGCAUCGUGAAGGCCUACUACGUGCGGGCCCGGGCUCACGCGGAGGUGUGGAACGAGGCGGAGGCCAGGGCUGACCUUCAGAAAGUGCUGGAGCUGGAGCCUUCCAUGCAGAAGGCGGUGCGCCGGGAGCUGCGGCUUCUGGAGAGCCGCCUGGAGGAGAAGAGGGAGGAGGAGCGGCUGCGUUGCCGCAACAUGUUGGGCUAGGGCCUCCCCAGCACUACCCCCCCCCCC